AUGACCAUCUCGCCUGCUGCGCGGGAAUCUCGUCCCCCACAAACCCCGGCGGAGACAUUCGAACUGAGUCUGAAAACACCGACGAAGUCGCUGCGAGAACUCACGCGCCGGGUGGUCCAGGGCGGCAAAGACUCCUUGCCAACCACAGCAGGCGGUCAUGCUUCAUCAGACGAAGAGGACAACGUUCGGAACGAGGUUCCUCCUCCGGCGACGGCUCAGCCCGUCAUCCAGCGCUGGAAUAUGCCCAGGGGAAAUAUUGGACGUCUAGGAUUUGCCUUCUUCUCAUUCAUCGUCACGGGGCUCAAUGAUGGUGCUGUGGGCGCCCUAAUACCCUACCUCGAGACGUACUACCACCUGAACUACACCACUGUUUCCCUGAUCUUCCUCACUCCCUUUGCAGGCUACUCCCUUGCCGCCUUUACCAAUGCCACCAUACACACGAAGCUCGGCCAGAGAGGCAUCGCCAUCCUCGCGCCUUUGUGCCAUAUCGCAACCUAUGCAGUGCUGUCCGCUCACCCUCCUUUCCCCGCACUGGUCAUCAUCAACACUGUCUCUGGAUUCGGCAAUGGACUCACUGAUGCUUGCUUCUGCGCCUGGAUUGGAGCCAUGGACAAAGCCAACGCUGUGCAGGGCUGCCUCCACAGCUGCUACUCCCUAGGAGCUCUAUUUGCGCCUCUAAUUGCGACGUCCAUGAUUGUUCAUGCGAAGCUGCCUUGGUACACGUUUUAUUACUUCAUGACCGGCGCUUCGGUCCUGGAGUUCUUCGGUCUCAGCCUGAUGUUCUGGCAUAAGACGGGCGAAGUGUAUCGGGUCGAACAUCCACGGGACACUGAGGCCACGGGCGGUCGCACGAAAGAAGCACUCAAAUCCAAAAUCACCUGGAUCUGCUCUGCAUUCUUUUUCACAUAUAUGGGCAUCGAAGUCGGCCUUGGGGGCUGGAUCGUAACAUUUAUGCUCCGUGUCCGCUCCGCCUCACCAUCAGCAUCAGGAUAUUCGGGCACUGGCUUUUGGGCAGGCAUGGCGCUCGGUCGCGCUGCCUUGGGUUUCGUUACCGAGCGUUUUGGAGAACGGCUCUGCAUCUCCAUCUACCUCGCCCUCUGUCUCGCCUUGCAGCUGAUCUUCUGGCUUGUGCCGAAGUUCAUCGUGUCCGCCGUGGCUGUUGCGUUCCUUGGUUUCUUCCUUGGUCCCAUGUUUCCUGGUUGUGUGAUGAUGGCUGCAAAGUUGUUGCCGAAGCAUAUCCAUGUAAGCAGCAUUGGCUUUGCGAUGGCAUUGGGAGGAACUGGUGGGACGGUGUUUCCUUUCGCAAUCGGUGCUAUCGCUGCGACCAAAGGAGUCAAGGUGCUGCAACCAAUUAUCCUGGCACUGAUUGUUGUGCUUUUGGGAUUGUGGUUGAGCUUUCCGAGGGUUAAGAAGAGGGAAUAA